AUGCUGCGCACCCAGGCGACGAGUGUGCUGCGCAAGAGCUUGGUGCGCAGUCACGUCCCACUCGCCCGUGCUGCCUCAACCCACGCCAUCUCCAACCCGACUCUUUCCAACAUUGAGAAGCGAUGGGAGGGCAUGCCCCUCCAGGAGCAGGCCGACCUCUGGAUGGCCCUCCGUGAUCGUAUGAAGGGCAACUGGAAGGAGCUGACGGUCCAGGAACAAAAGGCCGCUUACUGGAUUGCCUUCGGUCCUCAUGGUCCUCGCACAGUUGACCCCCCCGGUACCACCACCCGAAUGUUCUGGGGUAUCGCAGCUGGUCUCGGCGUCAGCGUUGCCCUCUUCGCAGCCAUCCGUCUGGCCGCCAAGCCCGCUCCACACACCAUGAACAAGGAGUGGCAGGAAGCCUCCAACCAAAUCCUUAUCGAACAAAAAUCCGACCCCAUUACUGGUAUCACCUCGGAGUCUUACAAGGGCCCCGGUAUGGUCCAAUCUCGUCCCAAGGCUUAA